AUGAGUUUUUUUUUGAUGAUUCGGUUGCGCUUGAUGAAAAUGAUGAUGGCAAUCCCUAUAUGUUUCAAGAUAAGAAUAUAUCUGCACUAUUCACAUCAUAUCGUUUAAAUGCACAGCAAAUGGCACGGGAAUCAGGUUUAUCUAUCGAGACAAAUUACUAUGAGAUAUUGAGCUUAUCUUAUAUUUUAUUAUUACAAGCUAAUAACUUCUCGGAUCUGCAGAUUGAACAAUUUUCUGGUGAUACUCUAGUAGAUUUUCGUAAACAUAUGCACAAUACAUAUAUAAUUAAAAACAAAGUCACACAAAGUGUAAAGGCGAUAUUUCGAGAAUGCAUUGAGAUUGCACUUGAUGAAGAUCUCGGGCCGAAAGAAGCAGAAAAAACUUUAGAACAAUUAUUCACAAAGUCUUUUGAUGAUCCCAUUGACCAGAAAAAGUUCGAAAGGAUGUG